ACAUCCGACGAGGUGUUCACUGUUGGAGAGAUUCCGAGCUCGGAGGCUGCUCCCUUCACUUGCUGAGGAACACCUGGGACAUCAGAGCCGCGGCGAUGGGAGCGCACGGCUUGCUGUUGAGGCUGGUCGCUGUGGUAGCACUGUUCUGCAUCUCCACAGUCCGUGGCAGCAAUAUGUGCAAAGGAGCACUGACAUGUGCAACGUGCCUGGAGAUAGAUCCGUACUGUGCCUGGUGUUCACAAGAGGAUUUCGGAAAGGGCAGUGCUUCGCGAUGUGAUCUAAAGGAGAAUUUAAUUACAAAGGGUUGCAGAGAAAAUGCGACUGAAUUUCCACAGGGCUCCCUCAAAAUUCUUCAGGAUCUGCCUCUGAGUGAGAAAGGAUCAAGUGACCAACCGGACAAAACCGUGCAAUUCUCUCCUCAAAAGAUCAGCAUCAACCUGCGCCGAGGUGAAUCCAUGUCAUUCACGGUGCACGCACGCCAGGUCGAGGACUAUCCUGUCGACAUCUACUACUUGAUGGACGUCUCCUACUCCAUGAAAGAUGAUUUGAAAACUAUCCAGCAGCUUGGCACAAAGGUGGCCACAGAAAUGGCCAAGCAGACCAGCAACCUGCAACUGGGCUUUGGAGCUUAUGUGGAUAAACCAGUCUCGCCGUACAUCUAUAUGACAACAGCAGAGGAAAUCAAAAACCCUUGUAUCAGUAUUGGCAGUACAUGCUCGCCUGUGUUCGGAUUUAAAAAUGUCCUGAAACUCACGGAGGAGGUGAACAGGUUUAAUGAGGAAGUUAUCAAACAGCAGGUCUCGAGAAACCGAGACACACCUGAGGGCGGGAUGGAUGCUGUCCUCCAGGUCUCGGUGUGCACGGAGGAGAUCGGUUGGCGACAAGAAGCCACCCACAUGCUGGUCUUUGUCACUGAUGCCACAUCGCACUUGGCACUGGAUGGCAGGCUGGCUGGCAUAAUCCACCCCAAUGACGGGCAUUGUCACAUGGGGCUAGACAACGAGUACAACGCCUCCGCUUUUCUGGAUUACCCAUCACUUGCUCUGCUGACAGAAAAGCUCACAGAAAAUAACAUCUACCUCAUCUUUGCCGUCACCCAACCAGUCACGGAAAUAUAUACGAAUUACAGCAGGAUGAUUCCUGGUACCACUGUCGGGACAAUUUCCAAGGAUUCAAGCAAUGUCUUGGAGCUCAUUGUGGAUGCCUAUGAGCAAAUCCGUUCCCAGGUGGAAUUGGAACUUUUGAAUCUGCCUAAAGAGCUAUCAGUGUCCUUCGAUGCUUACUGUGGGAAUGACAAAUUUAUUCCAGGACAGAAAUUCUGCACAGGACUUAAGGUUGGAGACACAGUGAAUUUUACAGUGACACUGGAGGCCAGGGAGUGUCCAAAGGGUGAGCAGGUGAAGACAUUUACGCUGAAGCCGAUUUUGUUCAAGGAUAGUCUGGAGAUCACGGUUAAUUUCAGUUGUAGCUGCGGGUGUGAGAGUGAAGCGGUGGAGAACAGCAUGCUGUGCACCAACGGCAAUGGGACGUACGAGUGCGGAGUGUGCAAGUGCCUCCCUGGCCGCUUUGGGCCGUCCUGCGAGUGCAAGGAAGGGGAUAGCUUAUUGACUACACAGGAAACCUGCUCGCCCAAGAAAGGUGACCCCAUUUGCAGCAACCGCGGAGAGUGCAUUUGUGGACAGUGCGUCUGCCACAGCAUUGGCCAUGGCCUCAUAUCCGGACAGUUCUGCGAGUGCGAUGACUUUUCCUGUGGACGUCACAACGGGAAAAUGUGCUCGGGCAAUGGCCAGUGUCAGUGUGGAGAGUGCAGGUGCCUGCCGGACUGGACGGACAGUUUCUGCAACUGUAGCACGAAGACCGGGAGCUGUCGGCCCCCCGUGGGUUCUAUGUGUCAUGGCCGGGGCGAUUGUCAGUGCGGGAAGUGCGUUUGUGAAGGAGGGGCGUACGGUGACCUGUGUGAGAAAUGCCCCACCUGUCCCGAUGCCUGCACCUUCAAGAAACAAUGCGUGGAGUGCAAGGUGUUUGACACGGGCGAGCUGAAGGACGAGGGCAAGUGUGAGAAGGUGUGCAGGGAUGAGAUCCGGUAUGUGGAGACCGUGGACAUGAAAACCAAGGAUGGUGUCGUCUGCAGCUACAAAGACCAGAACGGCUGCAUCGUUCACUUUGGUUAUCAUGAAGAAACAAAUGGAAAAUCCAUUCUGUCAGUCAUUAAAGAACCAGAGUGCCAGCCCGGAGUGAACCCGCUGUACAUUGUCCUGCCUCUGAUGGGCAUCAUCCUCUUGCUGGGCCUGGUGGCCUUGCUGAUUUGGAAGCUGCUGAUCACCGUCCAUGACCGGAAGGAGUUUGCAAAGUUUGAGGCAGAACGAGCCAAGGCGAAAUCUGUCAAUGUGAACAACCCACUGUACCAAGGGCCAAUAUCAACCUUCACCAACCUCACGUACAGCGGCAAGGCGGACUGAAGGAGCGACGGCGAGGGAGCUUCCAAUGGCUUAGGCUGAGCACAUAAACCAUGGGGCUUGGGAAUUUAUUUUUCAAUAUGAUGGCAUUUCUUCACUGGCCUGACACACAGCAACAAUUGCACCUCUAAAACCCACCUUUAGCUGCACUGGACUGCAAGACCACCCUGCACCUGGUCUCCUGUGCCAGGAGGUCUGGGACACUUUCUAACCAGUGCCUUAAGCACUUAACUCGGGUUUGGCGGUUACUAAUCAUUGCUUCUGUUAACCACAGGAGAUACAUGCACUUUGCUUCAUGUUCCUGAAGGUUGGCUGGACAAAUGGACAAUUGGGCUGGAAAAGCAUAUUCCACAGGCGGGAGGGUGGUAAUUAUUGGCACAUUUUUAAGAUUAUUGCUAAAUGUAUCCGAUUAAGAAUUAGUUUUAGCAGCAGUAUGGUGGAGGCAGAUUCAAUAGUCAUUUUCAGUAGAUCAUUGAAUGUAUAUAUUUUUUUUGAUGAAGGAACUUCCGCAGGGUUGUAAGAAAAAGAGCGGUGUUACGAGUUUCAAAGGGAACAGCACAGAUUUAAUGGGUUGAAUGGCCUGUGUGUUACAGUGAAGUCCCUUAAUUCUGCAUACAAACCAGAAGGUCUUCAGACUGCUUGUUAAUGAGUGUUGAGUUUGAUAUUUAUUUGGAUUUCCCAAUUGGGCUUCAGAGGGGUGGGGAUAGACACAACAUGCUGGAGUAACUCAGCUGGUCGGGCAGCAUCCCUGAGGAGAAGGAAUAGGUGAUGUUUCUGGUCAGGACCCUUCUUCAGACUGCUCCUUCAGAGCGGUGGGGUUUAGGGAGGAGGGGGAACAAGACUGCCGGCCACCAUGGGCAUUGAGUGUGUAAUGACAGCAUGGAACUCCCAACAUGCUGUGCUCGGGGGAAGGUGGGGGGGUGGGGGUGUUGGUUCACUAUGUUUGAUCAUCUGACAGAGGACAAGGAGGAUCUUUCAUCUUUGGAGCCUGAUAUCUUCACGUCGUUGCCAAUUUUAGUGACAGAAAGGAAAAAGUGAAUGGAUCUGUCAGGGUCUGGAAGCUGAAAUAGAUAUUUUCCCAAAAUUCAUCGCUGACUAACAGUGCAGACGUGGUGGGAACUGCACAUUUGACUAUUUCAGUUGCUGGACCUUCACUCCCAUUAGAUCAAGUCCCUUCCCAAACACUGGAGAGCGUUGGGCUGCACUCAGGAAUAUUGCUCGAUACAGCAGUGACCGCUGAAUGCUGCCCCAUUCACAUUCCUCCUGAUGGCGGCUGAAGAGCAGAAGACACUGCCCCUGGGUGGGGUGAGCUGUGCUGGGUUUAGGCGGUCAGGCUGGUGAGGUUGGUAUCUCCCCCCCCCCCCCCCCCCCCCCCCCCCCCGUUAGUUUAGUUUAUUGUCACAUGUUCCGAGGUACAGUGAAAAGCCAUUGUUGCGUGCUCACCAUACAGCAGAAAGACAAUACACGAUUAUAAUCGAGCUGCUCAGUGUACAGAUACAUGAUACGGGGAUAACAUUUAGGAAAGGUAAAGUCCGAUCAAACAUAGUCCCUUUGUCACAUCCUUGUCUAACCGGGUUGAAGGGAGGGAGGG